AUGUCUACUUUAGAAAUAACCCACAUUGAUUUGGAAAUCGGCCGCCGGAGCUCCGUCGUCGCCGCCGCCGCUGAGGAGGAGGAGGAGGAGGUGGAAAGCGUUUGCUUUUCAGACGGGUCGUCCAAUUCCCAAUUUUACUCCACCAUUGACGGCGAUGGCUCGUACGAUGAUUGCAGCUUUGUUUGUGGGUCUGAGAUUUUGGAGGCUGGGGCUGUGGUGUCUCGAAAGGCCUCGUCUGUGGCCGACACGUGUGAAUCUGUGGAUUUAGAGUAUGGUGAGAAGAAAGAAAACAUGGAGGAUUUAGAGAGAGAUUGCAGGAUUUGCCAUUUGAGCCUCAUUAGCAGCAGCCCAGGUUCUGGGGUGCCUAUUGAGUUGGGCUGCUCUUGUAAGGACGAUUUAGCUGCUGCCCACAAGCAUUGUGCUGAGGCUUGGUUCAAAAUCAAAGGAAAUAAGACGUGCGAAAUUUGCAACUCGAUCGCGCGUAAUGUCGUGGGCCCCACCGACACGGAGACUUUGCAGCAGCAAUCGGGAGAGAGAAUUAUUGCAGUCGUGUCCGACAAUAAUACGCUCGUGGGCCCCACAAUGCUAACAGCCCAAAACCGAACGUGCUUAAAUGGCCACCGGUUUCUAAAUUUCCUUUUGGCGUGCAUGGUGUUUGCCUUCGUCAUAUCAUGGCUUUUCCACUUCAACAUCCCCUCAUAA